AUGAGUAAUAGUAGGUUUCCUCAAUUACUAGAGGAUCGGGAUCUCAAAACCACUGAGAUCUACAAUGACCCCCAUAACCCAAGUCUCUAUCUCGAUCGAGCACGCAUAUACGACAGCCUAGGCUUUUUCGACCUCGUUGCUGCAGACGCUUAUCGCGCACUUUCCCUCCUCGAGUCUGUUAUAGAGCCGGAUGCAUGUGAAUACCAUGCUAAGAAGAAGGUUCAUUCUGUUGCUGGCGACAAUGUGAAUCCUUCCCAUGUUGAAUGCGACAAGAACGAAGAUGACGAUGACGAUGACGAUGAAGAUGAAGAUGAUGGAACGGUACCUGUGACAAAAGAAGAAUACGAUGCCCUUAUUAUGAAUGUCUAUACCAUGCUUGUGCGCGGUUUAUACCAAGCUCACUGUUAUCGCGAUGCAUAUGAGUUCGGUAUGCGCGGUCUCAAGGUCUUACGCGAGUAUGCGCCAGAAUCCGAAGAGACGACCACGGCCAAAAAACUCCUCGAUAAGGAGAUGGACCCAUUGCGAGAGAUCUACACAAAAUUAAGUAAAAGCGAAACACCACUAGAAUCCAUGGAUCCUACCUUGUUUCCAGCUCAAGGAAGAGCCCGCCGCAUCGUCUAUCCCUGGAACGAACAUGAACCAGACCGUAGUUCUCCCGAGGAACUGAACUACCUGAACGAGAGAUUGUCUGAGAUCGCGCCCAAGUGUGAGGUUCGCGUUACAUACCUGCCUAGGUUGUACCAGGGCUUCGACUCUACCUCUGUGCAGCUAGGUCUGUACGCUAAGGAAGAUAUCGCUCCCAAUGAGAUCAUCUUGCGUGAAACUUCACUUCUCACUGCUACCAAUCGCCUCCAUGAUGACCUGUGCGACGCGUGCCAUGCCCCUCUGCCUGAUCUAUCCGCUGCUGAGCCCCCUGUCAGAUGUGAGGGCGACUGCGACGAUACCAUCUUCUGCAGUCAGAAAUGCCACGAUAAUGCGCAAGAGGUGUAUCACGGUGCGACCUGUGGUCUUGAAGAGGGGCUCGAUUCUAUUGGGAAGGAUAUUCCAGACCCUAAGGAUAAAGCAGAUUAUCUAUACCUGCUUCUACUCGGACGCGCACUGGCCAUGUCCGCUACACAGGAUGUACAUGUGCUGGACCUGCCCGAGGUGAAGUAUAUCUGGGGAGACUUUCGACCCUUUGAUAUUGAAACCGCUUCUGAAAAGGAUCAGCCCGCCAAUUUCUUGCCUUUCUCCUUCCAGCUGAAUAUCAUGCAGCCUAUGCGAAUUCUGGACGAGAUGGAAAUAGAUCCAUACACCUCCCUCCACCUAUACGAUACCUGGGUCUUGAAUACGCUGUAUGCUAAAUUCCGCGGAACUGCUUCUGGUCGUCUGUCUACUUGGGACGGCGGUCCUGAACUGUGCGCUGUGCACCCGCUCUGGUGUCUUGCAAAUCACUCUUGCGAUCCUAAUGUCUGUUGGGAGUGGGGUAGUGAGAUUACCUUCCGGGCUCGUUCGAAUGAAGAGACUGCUGUUUGGGUCAGAAAGGACGAGGCUGGAGUCCCGGAAAUGGUUGAUCCAAAGCCCGGGGGUAUUAAGAAGGAUGAGGAGAUCAUGAAUCAUUACUGUGAUAUUGGACUGCCGGUGAACGAGCGGAGAGAGUGGGCUUCUGGUGCUUUGGGAGGAGGAUGUACGUGCAAGAGGUGUAUGUGGGAAAUGAAGGCUGUGUCUACGUGA